AUGGCGCAGAGGCCCCUUUUCACCACCUCGCACGGUUCGCCUGUGCAUGAUGACAACAACAGCCUGAGCGCUGGACCCGACGGCCCGCUCCUGCUUCAGGACUACCAGCUCGUUGAUAAGCUGGCGCAUUUCGACAGGGAGAGGAUUCCCGAGCGUGUGGUCCAUGCCAAGGGCGCCGGUGCGCACGGCUAUUUCGAGGUCACCCACGACAUCUCCAAGUACUGCAAGGCCAAGUUCCUCAACCGCGUGGGCAAGAGGACCCCCAUUUUCACCCGAUUCUCGACGGUCGGUGGCGAGAAGGGCUCGGCCGAUACCGCGCGUGAUCCUCGCGGUUUCGCUGUCAAGUUCUACACUGAGGAGGGCAACUGGGACAUGACUGGCAACAACACGCCCGUCUUCUUCCUUCGCGACCCUUCCAAGUUCCCUGAUUUCAUCCACACGCAGAAGAGGAACCCUCAGACCAACCUCAGGGAUGCCAACAUGUUCUGGGAUUUCCUGUCGCUCACCCCCGAGAGCCUUCACCAGGUCACCAUCCUGUUCUCCGACCGCGGCAUCCCCAAGGACUACCGCCACAUGAACGGCUACUCGAGCCACACCUUCAAGCUGGUCAACAAGGAGGGCAAGCAGUACUGGGUCAAGUUCCACUUCAAGACCGAGCAGGGCAUCGAGAACCUCACCCAGGAGGAGGGCGACCGCAUUGCCGGCGAGAACUCCGACCACGCCACUGAGGAUCUCUUCAACUCCAUUGCCAAGGGUGAGUUCCCCGCGUGGAGGGCCUUCAUUCAGGUGAUGGAGUACGAGGACGCGUGGAAGUACAAGUUCAACCCGUUCGACGUCACGAAGGUGUGGUCGCACAAGGACUACCCGCUCAUCCCCUUCGGCCGCCUCGUGCUCAACCGCAACCCCGAGAACUACUUUGCCGAGGUCGAGCAGUCGGCCUUCUCGCCCGCGUCGCUCAUCCCCGGUAUCGAGGCCUCGCCCGACAAGAUGCUCCAGGGCCGUCUGUUCUCCUACAACGACACCCACCGCCACCGCCUGGGCACCAACUACCUCCAGAUCCCCAUCAACGCGCCCUUCGCCACCAAGGUCCGCAACCAGGAGAGGGACGGCGGCAUGACCGUCAACGGCAACCAGGGCAGCGCCCCCAACUACUUCCCCAACAGCGUGGAGGGCAGCCCCGCGCCCUGCCCGCAGACCCUGGACACCCACCCGUUCGACGUGAGCGGCCCCGUCGCCAGGCACCGCCCCAACCAUCCUAACGACGACUUUGUCCAGCCGGGCAACCUCUACCGCAACGUCAUGACCCCCGAGCAGAGGACCAGGCUCGUCAACAACAUCGUCGGCCACCUCAAGAACGCCCGCAAGGACAUCCAGCUCAAGAUGGUCGAGAUCUUCUCCAAGGCCGACAAGGACUACGGCGCCCGCAUCAGGGACGGCCUCGUCGCCGCCGGUGCCAAGCUCUAA